GUCAGGGCCUGGUGUGAUCCACGACUCCAACCGUGCCGUGCCGUGGCCUCCAACAGUCUCCUAAUCCUCAUUCGCCUGCCCCCUGCCCCCGAUUUCAUUCCUUUCCCCUUGGUUCUGUUCCCCGAUACCUCUCUGCCAAGCUGCAGUGAAGGGGGCAGGGCUGGGGAGAUGAAAUCUGGCCGCAGUGGGACAAAGUUACCAAGGGUUGAGGGUUUGACAUGUCAGGGCUUUCUGGAAGAAAACCAGGAAUCCUGCUUCCUGCAGCAUUCAAAUCCCAAGAGUGCCAGCCCCAGACCCCGCAGGAGCGAGUGUCGGCCACCAUCCCCACCGUUACCACCAUGAAGCUGCUUGUUCUGACUCUGCUGCUCCUCGCCGUCUGUAACCUUGAAGGGGCUCUUGUUAGGAGACAGGCGGAGGAGCCGAAUCUGCAGAGCCUCGUCUCCCAGUACUUCCAGACGGUGACCAACUAUGGCAAGGACCUGGUGGAGAAGGUCAAGGACCCAGAGUUUCAGGCCCAGGCCAAGGCUUACUUUGAGAACACACAGGAGCAGCUAACGCCCGUGGUCGAGAAGGCCGGAACUGACCUGAUCAACUUCUUGAGCAGUUUCAUGGGCCUUAAAACACAGCCUGCCACCCAGUGAGGCAUCCAGACCAUUGUCUUCUAUCCCCAGCUGGCCACUGGAACACCCACCGGCCCAGUCUAGAGUGCUCUCCCCCACACGCUCCCUGUUUUCUACAAUAAAUAUUGAAGGAGUCA